AUGGGCGCCAGCAAGAAGAACCUCAAGGCGACCAAGAAGUUCGAAAAGAACCACCUCAAGGGUGUUUUGGAGAAGCGCAAUGCCGCCGCCAAAGCAAAGCAGCGCCAUCUGAUGCACGAGAAGAAGAAGGCAAGACACGCAAAGGAUGCUGAAUUUCUCGGAAAGGAUGGAAAGGCGCUUCCUCGUGGCGUGAAGCCUAGAAAGGUCAACGACAUGACCGUGGACGACUUCUUUGCCGGCGGCUUCGAAGACAUUGUCGGCGAGGACAAGUCAGCCAAGAGCAGCAAGCGAAAGCGCGAUGCUCCCGAGGAGGACGGCGAGGCCGGCGAAGAUGUUGAAGAGGAAGAGGAAGGCGACGAAGCAGAGGAUUCCGAAGAUUCUCUUUCAAGACAACCCGUAGCCGACAGCGAUGACGACGAAGACGACAACGACGAUGAUGAAGAGGACGGCGGUAUGUCCAAGGCCGCCAUGGACGCUCUCGCCGAAAAGGACCCCGAAUUCUAUAAGUUCUUGAAGGAGAACGACCCCGAGGCCCUCGACUUUGACUUGAAUGCAGAUCUCGCCGAAGUGGACGAGCUCAGCGCCGGCGACGAGUCCGACAACGAAGAGCCAAAGAAGAAGAAGAAGAAGGUUGUCGAGGACGAUGAUGACGAGGACGAGCAAGAAGACGACGAAGACGAGACACCAGCCAGCAACGAGCUCACCAAGCCCAUUGUCGCCAAAUGGAAGAAUGCCAUGGUCGAGAGCAAGUCUCUGCGCGCUGCUCGACAGGUUGUCCUUGCGUUCCGCUGCGCCGCUCACCUCAACGAAGAAGAAGACGAGAGCCAGCAGCGCUGGACAAUCAACGACCCCGAAGUCUUCAACGACAUUCUCGUCGCCGCUCUCAAGGAGAUUCCUACCGUCAUGAACCACCACUUGCCCGUCAAGGAGUCUGCCUCGGGCAAAGUCUACGUCCAGACCGAAACCAAGAAGUUCCGCACGCUCUCGCUGCUGCUCAAGACAUAUAUUUCCUCGAUUAUGCACCUGCUCAGCACGCUCUCCGACGACAAGACGCUCAAGCUCACCCUCUCCUCCAUCACGCCUAUCCUCCCCUACCUUCUGUCGUUCAAGAAGCUCAUCAAGGCCCUCGCCAAGUCGGUCGUCAACUUCUGGGCGCAGCCUGCCAGUACCGAAACCACCCGUAUCACGGCCUUCCUCGUCCUCCGUAAGCUCGUGGUGAUUGGCGACAAGGGCAUCCGCGAGACAGUCCUCAAGGCCACGUACCAGGGCCUUGUCCAGGGCUGCCGCAUUACCAACCACAACACCCUCCAGGGCAUCAACCUGAUGAAGAACUCGGCCGCCGAGCUCUGGGGCAUCGACCCGGGCGUCGGCUACACCACCGCCUUCACCUUUAUCCGCCAGCUCGCCAUCCACCUGCGCAACAGCAUCGUCAACAACAAGAACGACUCGUUCCGCCUCGUGUACAACUGGCAGUUCACACACUCGCUCGACUUCUGGUCCUGCGUGCUCGCGCACAACUGCACAUCCGCCAAGGAGGCCGAGAACGGCAAGGAGAGCCAGCUCAAGCUGCUCAUCUACCCUCUUGUCCAAGUAACCCUCGGCGCCAUGCGCCUGAUCCCGACGUCCCUCUACUUCCCUCUGCGCUUCCACCUCGUCCGCUCGCUCCUGCGCACGUCCCGCGCCACCGACACAUUCAUCCCUCUGGCCUCGCCGCUCCUCGAGGUCCUCUCUUCCGCUGAGAUGAAGAAGGCGCCCAAGGCCACCACCUUGAAGGCCUUUGACUUCUCCGUCGCCUACAAGGCGCCAAAGUCCUACCUCCGCACCAGAGUCUACCAGGAUGGCGUUGGCGACCAGGUCGUCGAGCUGAUGGGCGAGUACAUGUUCCUCUGGGCAAAGUCCAUUGCUUUCCCGGAACUGUCUCUCCCCGUCAUCAUCCAGCUCAAGCGAUGGAUGAAGCAGGCCCGCUCUAGAUCGCAGGGCAACAAGAACACCAAGCUGGUCACACAGAUGGCUCUGCUUGUGCAGAAGCUCGAGGCCAACGCCAAGUUUGUUGAAGACCGCCGCUCAAAUGUCGACUUUGCCCCCAAGGACCGCAUCCAGGUGGAGAGCUUCCUUCGAGACUUCGAGGCUACCAAGACCCCUCUCGGUGCCUACAUUGUCGGCCAGCGCAAGUCUCGUGCCGAAAAGGCCAAGCUCCUUGAGGAAUCACGCAAGGAGGACGAGAAGAAGCGCAAGGAUGAUGAGCGUUCUGCCUUGAAUGGCGACGAGUUUGGCAGCGACGAGGAGGAUGACGAGGUCAACAUGGAGGAUCUCGGUGACGAGGAUGAGGAAGAGGAUGAUGUCGAGGAGGAUGAAGACGAAGAAGAGGACGACGAGGAGGACGAUGAUGAGUAA